AUGUUUCGUCAGAUAAGAGUUCAUCCAGAUGACACUGAUUGGCAAAGAGUCAUAUGGAGAAAUUCACCCGAAGAUAAAAAUACAGCAUACCGUCUUGUCACUGUUACUUACGGAACUUCCUGUGCACCAUUCCUUGCAACAAGAACUUUGCACCAGCUCGCACUAGAUGAACAGGAAUCCUAUCCAUUAGCUUCUAGCGCAACAAUUCGAAAUUUCUACGUCGACGGUCUUUUGAGUGGAGCUUCUACAAGAGAAGAAGCAGUACAACUUGUAAUCGAAUUACAAGAGAUGAUGCGAAAAGGAGGCUUCAAUCUUCGAAAGUGGCAUUCUAACGAUCCCUCUAUUUUUCGUGAUACUUCAGUUGACGUGCAAGAAAACGAUGCAGUUCAGUGUGAAGACGACAAUGAUUGCAAGGUUCUUGGAAUUGAGUGGUCGCCAAAGUUAGAUGUGUUUAAGUUCUCAAUAGCACCAGUAGACAUACAAUUCACUUACACCAAGCGAGAAGUACUCUCACAAAUAGCCCGUGUAUUUGAUCCGUUGGGGCUCUUGUCACCAUGUGUAACUUUCAUGAAAAUUCUGUUGCAAGAGCUUUGGCAAGGGAAAUUCUCUUGGGAUCAACCUCUUAUUGCUGAACUUUGUAAACGUUGGAGGUCGUUUCUGGAGGAACUACAUCUUUUUGAGCAAGUUACCUUCCCGAGAUAUGUGCUGCAAUCUCAGAGUGAAUUUGAGUUACAUGCAUUCUGCGAUAGUUCUGAGAAGGCUUACUGUGCUGUCAUUUACAUCCGCUGUGUUUCUAAUUCUUCGGUUCGAGUCACCCUUUUGACAUCAAAAACCCGAGUGGCUCCUCUAAAGGUGCAAUCUCUUCCAAGACUUGAGCUCUGUGCAGCUCUUCUGCUUACUAAUUUGUUACAUUCUACUCUUCCACAUCUGAACCUUCCUAUCAAAUUGAAAUGUGCCUGGUCCGAUUCAAAAAUUGCUCUAGCAUGGAUUUAUUCAGAACCUAGAAGAUGGCAACCUUUCGUUGCUAACAGAGUAGCCCAAAUACAAGAAUUGGUUCCAGAUAUUCAGUGGAAUUUCGAGGCAGAGAUCCUGCUCAAGAAGGUCGCCCAUUUGGAAGAGGAAAACAAGAUCCUUCACCAAAAGCUGAGCGGCGCCUCUAGCCAAAAGAAAAGAAAACCGGUCGUGCUUAUCAACGCUGCCAAUCCUAAGACCGUUAUCGAGGAAAUCAAGAAAAAGAACCCUGAAGAGGAUUUUCAUCAGGGAGGAGGAUCAUUACCCCCUCUUCCGAAAAUGGCCAAGUUGAAGUGGAGAACUACGCUAAAGAUCAUGCUAUCGACUUCCACACCCCAACCAUCGCCUAUAUCCCUCCAACCCGUGUCGUAG